CUAGGACUGUGCGCCCGCGUGGAGGCGUGGCGCGCGUGCGCGAUGGUGUCUGUGUUGCGCCUGCGCGGGGCCAGUGGCGCGCGUGCGUGGUGGAGGCUUAACGGGACCGCACCGAGGGCCGCGUGUCUGGGGCCUGAGGAAGUAGGAGAUGGAAGAGGAAGGGGCCGCUGCUUGUGGAGAUCCCCCUGCCCAGCCUGCGGAGCAGAGAGAGGAGAUGGAGGAGGCUGAGGGGGAGCCCUCCCCGGGCGGGGCCGCCACCCCCGAGGAGACCCCCGAGGAUGCCCCCGAGGAGGAGACCCCCGAGGAGGAGACCCCUGAGGAAGCCACCCCCGAGGAAGCCACCCCCGAGGAGGAGACCCCCGAGGAAGCCACCCCCGAGGAAGUGCCCGAGGAGGAGACCCCCGAGGAGGGCCCGGGCAUGUACAGCUACAUCAAGGACGACCUGUUCACCUCGGAGAUCUACAAGGUGGAGAUCCAGAACCUGCCCCGCUACGUGGGCUUCAACGACCUGAAGAAGUUUUUGGGCAAGUACGGGCUGCAGCCGCACAAGACCAAGCUCUUCGGGAAGCAGACCUUCGCCUUCGUGACCUUCAGGAGCCAGCAGGAGCGGGACAAGGCCAUGAAGGUGCUGCACGGGGCGCUGUGGAAGGGCCGCUGCCUGAGCAUCCGCCUGGCCAAGCCCAAAGUCGACCCCAUGGCCAAGAAGCGGAAGAGGGAGGGCGAGGAGGGCGGCGAGGCCGAGGCCAAGCGGCCGGCCCCGGCCCCAGGGGCCGCCCCGGCCCCGGCCCCCGCCGUCACCGGCUCCCCCGAGGAGCCGGCGGCCAAGCAGAUCGCCGACGUGGUCACCCCGCUGUGGACCCUGCCCUACGAGGAGCAGCUGAAGAAGAAGCAGCAGGAGUGCGAGCAGGUGCUGCAGAAACUGACCAAGGAGAUUGGAAACAACAACCGCGCCCUUCUGCCCUGGCUCUUUGUGCAAAAGCAGAAAUUCAACAGGAUCUGCUGCCCCCUGGAAAGCGUCAAGGCAUCCCCACAGCAGACCGAAUACCGCAACAAGUGUGAGUUUCUGAUCGGCGUGGGUGCAGACCAAGAAGAUAAGACCGUCGGCUGCCGCCUGGGCAAGUACAAGGGUGGCACGUGUGCGGUGGUGGAGCCCUUUGAUACCAUCCACAUCCCGCCGGACACCAAGCGUGUGGUCCGGGCUUUCCAGGAGUAUAUUCGGUCAACCCCCUACUCUGUGUAUAGCCCAGAGACAUAUGAGGGGCACUGGCGGCAGCUCACGGUGCGCACCAGCCGGAGUGGUGAGAUCAUGGCGAUUGUCUACUUCCACCCCCAGAAACUCAGCAGAGAAGACCUGGUGGGCCUGAAAGCCUCCCUGGGCCAGCACUUCACGGCAGGACCUGGCCGGCUCAGUGGGGUGACCUCUCUCUACUUUGUGGAGGAGGGGCAGAGAAAGUCUCCCAACCGAGAGGACCUUCCUUUGGAGCACGUUGCAGGAGAGAAGUUCAUCCAUGAGGAGCUUCUGGGGCUCAAGUUCCGGAUUUCCCCCCAUGCAUUUUUCCAGGUGAACACGCCGGCCGCUGAGGUCCUCUAUACAACCAUUCGGGAUUGGGCUCAGCUGGAUGGGGAGAGCACAGUGCUGGACAUCUGCUGUGGGACUGGCACCAUUGGCCUAUCCCUGGCCCAGAAUGUGAAGAAAGUGAUUGGCAUCGAGCUGUGCCAGGAAGCUGUGGAGGACGCCCGAGUGAAUGCCAAGAUGAACGCACUGGACAACAUCGAGUUUCAUUGUGGUAAAGCUGAGGACCUGGUGCCCACUCUGAUGAGCUCCUUGUCCUCACAGAGGCUGACUGCCAUCGUGGACCCUCCCCGAGCAGGGCUGCACUCCAAAGUCAUCCUGGCCAUUCGGAGAGCCGAGCACCUGAAGAAGCUCCUCUAUGUGUCCUGCAACCCCCGGGCGGCCAUGAGCAACUUUGUGGACCUUUGCCGAGCCCCUUCCAACAGGGUGAAGGGUUCUCCCUUCCGGCCAGUGCGGGCAGUGGCCGUGGACCUGUUCCCGCAGACCCUGCACUGUGAGAUGCUGAUCUUGUUCGAGCGGGUAGAGCAUCCCAAUGACCCGUCAACUGCUGCCUCCGGGGGCCCUUCUCCAGAGAGCGAGCCCCCCGCUGCUGUGGGGGCUGCUCAGCCAGAGGACUGUCCCGACACUCCCGAGGCUUCUCCCAGCGACCGGUGUGGAAGCCCCAGCCCCUUCCCCCCAGCCUCGGUUUCAUAGCCAACUCUCCAUUGGGGGCCCCUCCCACAGGGCCAGAGCCCCCAGCUGUCGGGGACAGAAGAUCUGCGGGACCCAGAGGACCCCAGCCUGGCUGCCAAGAGUGGGAUGAUGGCAGCGAGGGUGGGGCACCGGGGCGGUCAGAGGGAGCAGGCCACCCCCCACCCCCCACCCCAGGGCUGCUUAAAUAAAUACUUUCGGAGUGCAUGCCUCUCCGUGCCAUGGGGGCUCAGAACUGCAGCUUGGACUAGUCCAGCCAGUGGCCCCUUGCUAGGUCGAGCCCCCCAGGGAGCAGCGGGCAGCUCAGAAGGCGGGCACCCCUUCCCCUCCCUCACUUUGGGUUCCUAGCCCCAUGCGGUCAGGCCUUCCCUAGGGGAUAGAUGGAAGAGGAGGAUUGCUGGUAUUCAUACUUACCUUUGUGGUUUACAGAGCACUUUGCAAAUCUCUCAUUCCAGAUAGGUGGUGCUCUUGUGCCCAUUUUCAGAUGAAGAAACAGACAAGUGACUUAGCCAGGGUCACCCACCUAAGAAGGGCCUGAGGCAGGAUUAGAACUCGGUUUCCUUUGUUGCAAAAUGCUUGUUUUGCUGGUUGGUUGAGACAGCUUUUUUUGUUGAGAGCCAUUAGUUGCCUCAGUUCCUUCCAGGUCACCUUCCCUUAUCUUCCAGCCCUGGCUGCCUCUGCUGCCAUCCCUGGGCUAGCCAGGGGGCAGCAGCCUUUACCCUCAGACCAGCACGGUGAGGCAUUGGCCACCUCCCUGGCACCUCCACAAGUCAUCAUUCUCUGCUUCUUCAGCCCAUCUCAGUGGUCCUCCUCCAUGACAGGCUGCGCAUUCUGCAUGUGGCUGGUCCAAAAAGGGACUUGGGAGGGGCUCUGCUGCCCGCUUUCCUUCUUCAGUGCCCCUCCUGUGCCCCUUCUUUUCUUGUACUUUAUUGAUCCCCCAAGUUCCGCAGACUCCCCUUUGCCUUCAUGUUCCUCAGGAAUGAGCUGGGGAUACUGUCAAGGAGUUAAUGCCAGCAGACUGGUGCCUAAAACUGCUCCAUCUACAGAGUGUCACAGCUUGCCUGGUCCAGGGUGCCAAGCAGUGGGGGUGGGGUAAUUCAGGAUGAGGGCCUGGCGCCAAUGGGUUCUCCAUAAAGCCUAAUACUGGGACACACACACACACACACACACCCUCAACAGCCAUGGGGUUAUUAUUAGCAAAGGUCACAGGGAUUCCCUGAGCAUGUCAGAAAUGGGGACCCUGCAGAGGCAGAGGGUGUGUAUAAUUUCAUGGCUUAAUUUGACUCUUCUAGUAUAAUUCCAGAUCAUUUUCUAGAACAAUUGGAUGCAUUUUCAUAGAUAUCCACCAGGCAUGCAUCUGUUAGCUUGUAUUCCCACUGUUAGACCACACACAUAUACACGUACCAUUUACCACUUCCAUUGACUUUCAUCAUCUCAUGGAUAGGAGAUAAAACCUCGGGGUUGUUUCAAAUUGCAUUUAUUCUGUUUCUUUCCUUUGACCAAUUUUAAGGAAUGUUUCUUACCUAGGUGUAUCAAUUCCCUUCUCUAUCUACAAUGUUUUUUCCCCAAUUACAUGUUAAGACCAUUUUAAACUUUUUUUUUUUUAAAGUUGAAUUUCAAAUUCUAUUCCUCCCAACCCCUUCCCUGAGACAGUAAGCAAAAAGAUAGAGGUUGUACAUAUUCCAUCAUGUAAAACAUUUACAGGAAGACAGAUUUUUAAAAAAGAAUGAAUGAAAAGUAGCAUGUUUAAGUCUGUAUUCAGAUAAUAUCGGUUCUUUUUGUGGAAGCAGAUAGCAUGCUUCAUCAUUAGACCUCUGGGAUUGUCUUGGAUCUUAGUAUUGCUGAGAAUAACCAAGUCAUUCACAAUUCUUCAUUGAACAAUACUGCUGUUACUAUAUAAUAUACUGUGUUCUC